UCAGCCGCCGCCAUGACGACCGCGUCCCCUUCACAGGUGCGCCAGAACUACCACCAGGACUCGGAGGCCGCCAUCAACCGCCAGAUCAACCUGGAGCUCUAUGCCUCUUACGUCUACCUGUCCAUGUCUUACUACUUUGACCGAGAUGAUGUGGCUUUGAAGAACUUCGCCAAAUAUUUUCUCCACCAAUCUCAUGAGGAGAGGGAACAUGCUGAGAAAUUGAUGAAGCUGCAGAACCAACGAGGUGGCCGAAUCUUCCUUCAGGAUAUCAAGAAACCAGACCGUGAUGACGGGGAGAAUGGGCUGAAUGCUCAGAAGGGAGAACCAUUUUAUUGUGGCAUGUUGGGUCUUGGAUUUGGGAUCCUAAAGAAGUUAAAAUGGAUAAAGAAACUGUUUUUAUGA